AUGAAUGCCCCACAAAUCAGUCUGUAUGAUCCCGGAACAGUAUUAACUGUUGGAUCACAUCACGCCAAGAUCAUAAAAUACCUCACGAGUGGUGGGUUUGCGCAGGUAUAUACUGCUGAAAUUUCACCUCCGGAUCCAUAUAGCAAUGCUAAUACAGCAUGUUUGAAGAGGGUUAUUGUCCCCGAUAAACAGGGUUUGAAUACUUUGAGGGCUGAAGUAGAUGCUAUGAAGCUCCUUAAAAAUAAUAAGCAUGUGGUUUCUUAUAUAGACUCUCAUGCUGCAAAGUCUGUAAAUGGUAUAGCAUAUGAAGUAUUUGUAUUGAUGGAAUUUUGCGAGCGUGGAGGCCUUAUAGAUUUUAUGAACACUAGAUUACAAAGUAGAUUACGGGAAUCUGAAAUACUGGAAAUUAUGAGCCAAACUGUGCAAGGUAUUGCUGCCAUGCACGUCCUGCAACCUCCAUUAAUUCAUCGGGACAUCAAGAUUGAAAAUGUCCUUAUUUCCCAUGACGGUCUGUAUAAAGUCUGUGAUUUUGGCUCCGUUUCUGGUGUUAUAAGGCCACCCAGAAAUUCCCAGGAAUUUAAUUAUGUUCAGCAUGAUAUUUUAACAAAUACUACAGCUCAGUAUAGGUCACCUGAAAUGAUUGAUUUGUACAGAAACUCACCUAUUGAUGAAAAAUCUGAUAUUUGGGCUCUUGGUGUUUUUCUUUAUAAAAUAUGUUACUAUACUACACCAUUUGAAAAAAGCGGAGAAGCUGCCAUACUGCAUUCAAGAUACCAAUAUCCAUCUUUUCCUCAGUAUAGUGACAGGUUAAAGGGUUUGAUACAUUUAAUGUUAAUGGAAGUGCCCUCUCAAAGGCCGAACAUCUGUCAAGUUUUAGAAGAGGUCUCCAGGCUACAAAAUGAACCUUGCCCAAUUAGGAACUUCUAUUUGUUGAGAGCAAUGGGUCAAAAUGCUCAAUUAGCGUCCGAGCCACCUUCGGUGACAUAUGUUUCUGCACAGCAACUUCUUCCUGCACAAACCUUACAGGGUAUUAAGCACUUGCAAAGUAUGGUUCCUGUAACUCAUGUUAGGACAACCCCUAAUUUGGGCACGCUAACUAAAGCCAUUACUAAUAAUAACCAAACAGAGUCUAUCCUGCCAGUUCGCACACAACCUGAAAGUGAUUUAAAUUUGGGCAACCCUUUAAUGAAAACGAAGUCUGUUCCGCUUUCUGAUGACUUUGCGUCAUUGUAUUAUAGGGAACUGCAUCCUUUUCAAAAAUCACAGACAUUUAAAUCAGUAGAGAGUUUCCAAUCCCCGCAAAGGAAGUUAAGUACGCCAUCAUCGUCAUCUCCCGUUAAUAGCAAAAAUAAUGAUAGAGCUUCAACCUCAACAGUUGACCGUCCAAAUAACUACGUCGACUCGGUGACGCAAACUAUAGAUAACAUGGCAGCACUCAACUUGAACCAAUCCUCAGUUGCCAUAAAUAAACCAUCAGGCCCCCCUAAAGAGUCUAUCGUUCCGGAAAAUGUUACUGGAGGCAGUAUUGUUCGUUCGCUCAGUUCUAAAUUAAAAAAAGUAAUCACAGGGGAAUCUCGAAGUAGUUCCCCAAUUAAAUCAAGACAGAAUACGGGUGACAGCAUCAGGUCUGCAUUUGGUAUGCUUCGUCAUGGGUUAACUGGAAGCUCGGUAAGCAAUAACAGAACAAUCUCCUUCGAUAGUAACAAUGGCAACGGCAAUGGUAACAGUGUGAAUAGACGUUUAGCUUCCUCGUCGUCAUCUUCUUCCAAUUUCAAUUUCGAUACUAAAAGACAAGAUGAUUUGGAUAAAAAACAAAAAUUGGAAAAUCGUCGUAGCAUGCCUCCUUCAAUUUUAUCAGAUUUCGAUAAGCACGAAAGAAAUAACUCAAGAACUGGAUCAAGAGAUUAUUACAGAUCCCAUUCUCCAGUGAAAAAAAACCAAACAACUCCUAAGACGGCAUCAAGAACCACUCUGAAAUCAGAUAGCAGCGAUAUUGAUGUAAAGCAGGUAAAUAAGGAAUCGAUUCAACGAAGAGUCCAUAACCUACUUAAUAAUUCCGAAGAUCCGCUGGCUCAUAAAUCUGCAUCAGGAUAUGGAAAAUAUACAGAUGUUAAUGCAGAAGCUUCGAAUCGGCAUUCGAGCGUAAGAAUAACCCCAAUCACAGAAGGAAAAUUCAAUAAAUACUAUAAUAGUGGUACACUUAAAGGUGAAACGAGUCGCAAUGAUAAACAUAAAUCAAGACCACCACGUCCACCACCAAAGCCAUUACAUCUAAGAACAGAAAUUCAGAAUACAAGAAAUUUUAGUCGUUUGCAGUCAAGACAGCCUCAAAUGGAAAGGAUUUCCAGUGAAGCCACCGAGACUAUUGUUGACGUUAACGUCGAUGAUUUAGAGGCUGAUUUUCGAAAAAGGUUUCCUAGCAAAGUGUAA